AUGUCCCUGGCCUCCACACAGCAUCCCUUCAAUAAUACUUUACCUUCAACAUCCACCAACGACAUUGAGAGUAAGAAUCCCCCUGACGAGACAGAAGCAAACAUAAGUACGAUUAUUGGGGCAUAUACAAACGGUCAGAAACACACCUCUAUGGAACGAGGGUCUACCGCAUACACGCAGUCAGGUUUGCAAACGCCCUAUCCACACGCCUUCACAGACGCUCAAUCUGAAGAUUCCCCUGCAGAUAAUACAUCUGCUGCGCAGUAUCCACCACAACAUCAAGACGUUCGUUCGAACCAAUACUCAACAACAGCCACUCCAACCUCCGAGUACGGUGCUGCUUACCCCCCAUCGUCGGCGCGUUCAGCCAACUUUGAUCACUUACACAGAGCACAUUAUUCGAACAAUAAUAGCAAUAGCAGUGGAGGAAUGGCUCAACCAACAAGUCCGUCAAUACCUUUGCAAGAUGGCCGUUCAACCCAUCAAUCUUCGCAAAUCAAGUCUGACCAGGAUGUUCCUAUAGAUCCAUCAAUUGCUGCCUCCAGCCCAACUUACCCUCCGUACAACCCACAACACGCCACCUACUCCGCACAAGAACAGAUGCAUCACCCAUACCCACCGACACAUUCCGGCGGCUCGAUGUACUCGCAACCAAGACCCAAUUGGCACGGUUACGCCGACCCCUCUGCCCCUAAUCCUAAUGUCGCAAACCACCCAAAUCACCCAAAUGUCGCAAACCAUCCAGCCGGCAUGGUCCCAACUCCUUAUACAUCUGCCAGUCCUCAAGCCCAGUCGCUCCCAGCUUCCGCAGGACGACCCAGCCAAGACGCGCGCUUACCCCAGAUUUACUCAUUUGUCCCAAUCCCUGGUUCUAGUCAGCAGAAGCGACCUAGAAGACGAUUUGAAGAAAUUGAACGUAUGUAUAAGUGUGGACACCAAGGUUGUGAGAAAGCGUAUGGUACAUUGAACCAUCUUAAUGCUCACGUAACCAUGCAAUCCCAUGGAAACAAACGUACACCAGAAGAAUUCAAAGAAAUUCGAAAGGAGUGGAAAGCUCGCAAGAAGGAGGAGGAACAGCAACGCAAGGAGCAAGAAGUCGCUCGUGCCGGUGGUGCUCCCGCUGUUCCGGAAGCCCAUCCCGAGGCCGGCUCUGCGGCCUAUUCGCGGUCGACUGUCCAACUUCCACCCAUUUCCAACCCUAUUGGGUAUCAACCUGGUGCACAGGUUCCAAACCAAUACCAGCAAAGCCAAGCACCAGCUUCUUCCGUCCAACAUUUGCAAGGCUACGGCAAUGCCCAGCCAAACAUGGAUCACUACACCGGGUACCCAGCUUCGCCUUACGGGUCUUCAAACCAUAUGUAUAGCCACCAAUCUAAUCCAGCUCAAACUAAGUAUGAGCAUUAAGUCGUAUCAUAUGUAUCAUAUCUGGGUUCGCGUUUGAGGUUGUUCGGGUUUGCAAGUUUUCCUUUUCAAAGUUUUUAGAAGGACCUUUUCUAUUCGGUUCGCUGCCGUACAUGAUGCAAAUAUUUGAUGAUCACGUAGUUCUAUGUGGAAAACACGGUACAUGGGGUGGUGGAUGGUUGUAUUCUCUCGCAUUUGGUUAUGGCUGUUACUACCUCCUUGGGGGAUUGAAUACACGCCACUUUAUUUUUCAUUACUCUACACGCAAACGGAACGGGGUUGGGGAGUUGUCAUACACGCAUGAGGGGUUUGAUCCGGGUGUGGCUGUUAGGCUUCACGGUGCGUGAAAACAAAAGGAGUUUCUUUAGUAACAGGCAAAGAAAGGAGAUGGGGCAUUCAGAUUAUUUUGCCGGGUUUGAAAGUCACAACUUUAUGUUUGCGGUCUGCGUUAUUCUAUUAGUUUUGAUGAAUAAACCAAUAGUUUAACAGCAUUUUCGCAAAAUUGUUUUAUUGUUGAGUCUGCAUAUCAUAUUUUAUGAGGGUUAUUGGGACAAAGUUGGGCAAAAGUUUAUGUACUACAAAGCAACCAAUGAUGAUAUUCCAUUGUUGGUAAUUGUUAGUUAGUACGAUAAUCGAAGAAACUUGUCGAGCUAUAGAGAUUAUAAAAGUGUCCAGAUUUUUGAGUUGUUGAUUGUUUAGUUUAUGUGUAUAUAUGCAUGUAUGAUGUUGGUAGUAGUGUUGAUAAUGUUGAGGAUGGGGAUAGGGAUGGGGUUGAUAUU